CAAUUCAGAAAAAAACCGGACUAUUAAUGAAAGUGCUUAUCACAAUCUAGUCCAUCCAAUUUUCUCCCAACCUUUCAGCUAAAUUACAGAUAGCCCUUGGUACAUAAUUUGAAAUUUUGAACUAUGAUCGGGCCUGAACCCGCGGCCCGGCCCACAGGAAGGCACCGAGUAAUAUAUAAACCCUAAAAUCGAACGUAGAAAAACAAUUCUUGGCAGGCAGAACUAAAGAGGAAGCAGGCAAGAAAACAUGUCAAGAGCCGCCCCAGAAUCGGAGACCGUUGCACGUAGAGAGAGAAAAUACAGAGGUGUAAGACUGUGCGACUCGGGCGCAUGGGCUGUAGAUAUAUGGCACCCGAUUUAUAAAGAUAAGGUGUGUAUUGGUACUUUCAAUAACGCAGAGGAGGCGUCGGAAGCUUACGAAAACCAUCGACUCUUUUUCGAGCUUAUCUGUAAGGCUCAUGAUCUCGGUGUGUACCAUGAUUUGCUCUUGACCCAAAACAUUGUCGAGGAUUUUGAUGCUCUUUCCAUUGCUGAUGCCGAACCUAAGGUGCUCGAUGAAAUGCCUCCUCAAGAUGAAAUCUCUGUCGUUGAUUUCGAUGAUGGCUUUGUCGAUGAUGACCCUUUUCGUGAUUUGCUAGCCAAUGCUUCUUUUGAUGAUUCGGUAGUCAAUGUUUAUUUUUGUUUUGGAGUCUCCUCUACCUCGUUGAUUAUGUAGUGUAAACUCUGCCCGAAGUGUUUCUAACUAGAGUUGUCGUAGUUUCUAGGGGUGUGCAAGGGUCGUACGGCUCGGUUUUUGCAAUAAACACAAGCACGUACAGAUAGUAUCGGUUUUUUCAUAUUUUAAACACCGAACAUGUCGGGUUUUUUCUCGGUUCGGUGCUAAUCGAUUUUUUGGUUUUCGGUUUUUGGUUAUUGGUUUCGGUAUCAAUUCGGUUUAUUUUCAGUUUAGAUUUUGUCUAUGCAUAAAACCGAUAUUUGAUUAUCAGUGAAUUUGGCUUUCUUCA